AUGGGGAAAUCCGCGCGUGGUGAUUCUUCAGAAAUCCUUGAAGAAUUAGUUUGGGGAAUCUUGAUGUUGGUGCCCGUAAAAUCCUUGAUGAGAUUCAAAUGUGUAUGCAAACUUUGGCUGUCUAUUAUUCAAAAUCCAUUAUUUGCCAACUCUUAUCAGGGCUGUUUUAAGGGUCUCCUCAUUACCAAGCCUUGCGACCCUCACGAAUGGUUAGAGGAACCUUACAAUCAUCCUUUCUCAUACUUAAACUUGCCAGAAGUUGACAAUGGCAAUGUGCCAAUAAGCAUCCCUUUUAGCUAUUCCAUGAGCCUGGGUGGAAAAAUGGCUUGCACAGAUCCUGUGAAUGGGUUAAUAUGUUUUUUCUAUGGCAAUUUCUCAUGCCUAUACAACCUUGCCACGAGAGAAAGCAUGGUUCUUCCUGUUUCAGUGCGGAAAAGCAAGGCUCUUUAUGUUUCAGUGUGGGAUGAGUCGUUCUGUGUUUACCAUCUUGGUUUCGAUCCCUCCAGUAAAUUGUACAAGUUACUAAAACACUGUUUGGCUUAUAAGGACUCCUCGGAUGAUAGCUAUGAUGAGGAAAUUGAAUGCUCUUAUUUGUGUAGUGAAAUUCUAACUGUUGGUGUUGAUUCAUCAUGGCGAAGUAUUGAUCCUCCACCGUGUGGAAUAACACCCGGUGGCAUAUGCACCAACGGUUUUAUCUAUUGGUGUGAUCGUUCAUACAAACCUCCUGUCAAUGAUAGGGAUCAUCUACUUUGUUUUGAUCUUUGUCAAGAGGAAUUUCAACGUGGUCCGCUACCUGAAAAUGGUCUAAAAAUGUUGUCUUUUGGACCAUGUCUAGCUUUUGCCUCACGUCCCCGAGUCCAACACAAGGAUCUAUCAGGUGGUGAUCCUGUAAUGUCUCUAUAUUUCUACAACAAUGGACAAGCCUCACCUGACGGAUCGUGGAUAAAACAUGAAAUCAUGCUCCCAAAACCCACAGGACCGUAUGUUUUUUAUUGUUUUAAAGCCGUGUGUUCUCUCCCUGACAGAAAGGUCUUGAUUGGUUGUCAAUUCUGGGACAACACUUAUAAGACGAUCUAUCACAUAUAUGAUCAAGGCACGAGGAUGUUGCGGAAGUGUUUUACAUCAGACUGUCACAUAUCAGGAAUUUUUGGAGGAAUUGUUGCAGCAAAUUUUCGGUUGUACGAGGACCUUGAUGAUGAUGAUGAUCCUGAGCGGAGUAAAAGGAGAAUUGUGAUGCUGAAAAAUGGUGAAGGAAAGGUAAUUCAUGAUCAGGGGGUUUUGCUUGCUAUGGCAACAGAAUAUUUGAAUAAUGUUUAUGUGACUUCCCCAUCACCACCUAUCAUGUAUGAUGUCAAAGGUUGUUUCCCUCUGAUGCCAGUGACAGAGAUCCGAGAGAUAGAGAGGGAAGUUUCGGAGUUGGAGGUGGGCAAGCCGGUGGCGAAGUUCAUGACGGCCCAAGGAUCCUGGGAUUGGCAGCUAUUUGAAGGAAUUCUACCGGCGGUGGAACUUCUAAAAAUCGCAGCUACGAUGCCGCCGAAUCUGGACAAAUGGGGGAAUGACUGGCCUAGUACUUUUGGGUGGAUGAAACUGAAUACAGACAGAGCAUACGAUGUUCAAACAGGAGCGGCGGCGGCUGGGGGGCUACUCCGAGAUCACUAUGGCAAUUGGGUGGGGGGUUUCACUGCCAACAUUGGAAGCACGACAGUGACGGGAGCAGAACUAUGGGACAUGUAUUAUGGUCUCCUGUUGGCCUGGGAGAAGGGAAUAAGAAGAAUUGUGGCAGAAAUGGACAAAAUGGCUGAUAAUAUGAUCCCCACGAAGUUGGAAUACUAUGAGAACAUGUUCAAGCUUCAGUCCACUGCUUUUCUGCUUUCCUCAUUUCAGAGUGAUGAUGGUAGACAAGUGUUCAUACUGGAUUCCACCAUUUUUCAUCCGCAAGGUGGUGGGCAACCUUCAGAUACUGGUUUCAUAACCGAUUCCGACUUCAAAUUUGUUGUCCAGGAUGUUCGAUCAAAGGAUAAAUUUGUGUAUCACUAUGGGAUCUUUGAGAAGUCUCAAGAUGGAGCUCUGAAUUUGGAAGGUAGAAGGGGUGUUGAAGUUUCUUUACAGGUUGAUGGAGAAAGAAGAAAGCUUAAUUCAAGGUUACACUCAGCUGGACAUCUUCUGGAUGUAUGCUUGAGCAGUGUGGGGUUAGGUCAUUUAGAGCCAGGCAAAGCUUACCACUUCCCUGAUGGGCCAUAUGUAGAGUAUAAAGGAAUAGCUCCGCAGAACGAAUUACUGAGUAAGCAGAAGCAGUUGGAGAUAGAAGCUAACAAUUUAAUUGCUAAGGGAGGGAAGGUGUUUGUUUCCAUAUUACCAUACGACGAAGCUGCUAAGCUUUGUGGCGGCUGCCUCCCAGACUACAUUCCCAAGGAAAGCAAUCCUCGAAUUGUUAUGAUAGGGGAUAAUGUAGGUUGUCCUUGCGGUGGUACUCAUGUUUCUGAUGUAUCUGAAAUACUUGGGUUAAAGGUCUCUCAAAUCCGCACAAAGAAAGGAAUGACUAAGGUUUUUUACAACGUUGAAGGCUGA